UGAACAAAAACCCCCUUCCUUGUUCUCUCUUCGUGCAGGUUGCUACCAACAAGAGUGCUCGAACUGGACGGUCAAAUCCCGUUGGAGGUCGCGAUUUAGUUAAAAAGCGAGAAAACAAAACCUACGCCAAAGAUCCCAUCCUUGAAGCAACACUGACCAGAGACGGUCAUAUCAACUCCACCGGGAAGUUUCAUUUUGUUUUUGCUCCUGUCCGCUAUGACUCGACUGCGCUUUAAGGAUGCUUUCUGGUGCCCAGAAUUUACCAGUUACGUUGGGCAUGAGGUCUUACUGGAGCGGCUACAGGAAGGCCGAAAAAUGUGCAAGGACAUGGAGGAACUGCUGAGACUGAGGGCAUAUGCAGAAGAAAAAUAUGGGAAGGAGCUGGUCCAUAUUGCCCGCAAAGCUGGAGGUCAAAUGGAGAUAAAUACUCUACGAAUAGCCUUCGACAGUCUAAAGCAACAAUUGGAAAACAUUGGAAAUCUACACAUUCAGCUGUCAAUCACGUUAAAGGACGAGGCAAAACGCCUGGAAGAUUUCAGGGAGAGGCAGAAGGAAACGAGAAAGAAGUAUGAAAAUGCCAUGGAUCGUGUUCAGAAGAGCAAAGUGGCUUUGUACAAGAAGACACUUGAUUCAAAGAAAUGCUAUGAACAGAAAUGUAAAGAGGCAGAUGAGGCCGAGCAGAGUGCUGAGCGAGUUCAGUCCGCGGGAAACCAGAAACAAGUUGAGAAGAGUCAGAAUAAAGCCAAGCAAUCUCGAGAUGCAGUGAAUGAAGCAGAACGUGUUUAUCAACAGAAUGUGGAGCAACUGGACAAGGUUCGACAAGAGUGGGAGCAAGAGCACAUCAAUACCUGUGAGGUGUUUCACCAGCAGGAGUGUGAUAGGAUCAACAACCUGAGGAAUACCCUGUGGAUGCAUUGUAACCAACUCUCACUGCAGUGUGUGAAGGACGAUGAGCUGUAUGAGGAGACGAGGAAGGUUUUGGAGCUGUGUGACAUUGAUGCAGAUAUGGACUGUUUCAUUCAGAAGAAGAUGACCGGAACAAGUCCACCAGCUCCCAUAGAAUACGAGAAUUAUUAUGACAAGUUAUCUACUACAGAAAAUCGCACAGCCGCCUCUUCUAGGAAUGGAGGGAUGCUGAAAAGAUAUUUUCCUAAUUUUUUACAUUUACCUAACAGGAUUACCCAUCUGCUACCAGGUCAUACGUCGAAGUCCAGUAGCAGCAAUUCAAUCAAUGUGACAGCGCCACCUCCAGCAGAGGAUUUGUACGCCAGUGUUGCUGUUCCGCAACAGGAAAAUCUAAACAACUACAGAGUACUCUACGACUACACUGCUCAGAACUGCGAUGAGCUAGAUAUAACUGCCAAUGACAUCAUCCAGAUCACAGCUGAGAACGAGGACGGGUGGUGGACGGCGAAUCGCAACGGAAGGUGUGGUCUAGUCCCAAGCACCUACCUGGAGAAAGCUUGAGAGUAUCAGAGGCCGGCCAGCAAUGUCAGUCCAGCUUCAUGUCCCUUGGAACAGGUUGAGAGAAACAGUAAUCCCUGAAGGUGGUUGGAGGUGCACAUCAAGCUGUUGCAGUUUCAAAAUCUGUGUGACAUAGUUGGGUGGGAACAUCCACAGCUUUAUGAAAUAAAUUGAUGUUUAACUGAUAUUUGAAUGUCAUCCCUGUGGCCUUCACCGGCUUGUGUUCCCUCACUUAUUGGUCAGUUUCUGUGAAAAAUACUUGUGAAAUGAUGCUUUGGUAGUCUAUUUUAAACUCUGCUCGUCAUGCUACGUGAAUAAUUGCAGUAACUAACCCCCUCCCGAUCUUGAAAUACCUAAUUGUUUUCUUAGUGAUCUGUCCAGGUGAGUGUUGUUGGUGGCACAGUGAGGAAUGUAGCUUUUAGCAUUUCUAACUCAGUGUAAAACUUCCUCAUUCUCUAGCUCAAUGCAUUUCUCAAACCCUUACGUGUCUACUGCAGCAGUAUUAUAUUUUACCAUUUUCCCACAGUAACCAUCCUGUGGGCCGUGUUGGGUAAAUGAUGAACUUGGGGCAGUUGUGUUUGCGGGUUGACAUCACUGAGGCAAAUGGAGAGUCCAGUGCUGAAUUUAAUACAAAUUUCCCAGUCAUUAAAGGCCUGAUCCAGACUUGGUUCAUUAUUAUCGCUUAUUUUAGGAGUGCAUUUUAUUGUUUACAGGGCUUAGUUAGCUCAGCUCACCAGAUCUAUGAUACUAACAGCAUGGAUUCAAUUUUUGCACUGGCUGGGGUUACCGUGAAGGACACUCCUUCUCAACCUCUUCCCUCACCUAAGGCUUGGUGACCCCCAGGUUAAAACCCCACCAGUCACUGCUCCUUAAUCAGAGGCUGGCACAAUAUUAACUUUACUGUUUAUUCCUCUUCUACCAGUUCACAUCCUUCACUCCCCAACCCAACUCUAGCAGAUUUCCUGCUCUAUCUUGUUGAGUUUUUAAAUGUUUGUUUACAGGACAUGGGCAUAGCUGGCUGGGCCAGGAUUUAACGUCAUUUAUGCUGCAGCUGUACAAAACUCUGGUGCGGCCACACUUGGAGUAUUGCAUACAGUUCUGGUCACCGCAUUAAAAGAAGGAUGUGGAAGCCUUGGAAAGGGUGCAGAGGAGAUUUACUAGGAUGUUGCCUGGUAUGGAGGGAAGGUCUUAUGCGGAAAGGCUGACGGACUUGAGGCUGUUUUCGUUAGAGAGAAGGUUGAGAGGUGACUUAAUUGAGACAUACAAGAUAAUCAAAGGGUUAGACAGGGUGGAUAUGGAGAGCCUUUUUCGUAGGCUAGUGACAGCGAGCAUGAGGGAGCAUAGCUUUAAAUUGAGGGGUGAAAGAUAGAGAACAGAUGUCAGAGAGUAGUAAGGGAAUGGAACGCUUUGCCUGCAACGGUAGUAGAUUAGCCAACUUUAAGUACAUUUAAGUCAUCAAUGGACAAGUAUAUGGACGUACAUGGAAUAGUGUAGGUUAGAUGGGCUUCAGAUCGGUAUGACAGGUCAGCACAACAUUGAGGGCCGAAGGGCCUGUACUGUGCUGUCAUGUUCUAUGUCAGUCCCCAAUCACCCUGGAGAAGGUGAUGGUGAGUUGCCUUCUUCAAUCAUUGCCAUCCAUGUGGGAGUACAGACAGUGACUGCACUGUUUCAGAGGGAAUUCUGGGAUUUUGACACAGCGACAAUGAGUGAGUAGUCUCACAGUUCCAAGUCAGGAUGAUGUGCGGCUUGCAGGGGAGCUUGUAGAUGGUAGUAUUGCACUCUGCGUGCUGCUCUGCUCCUUGUAGAUGGUGGAAUUUGCAGAUUUGGAAGGUAAUGAUGCCAGAAGUUAGGCCAAGAAUCCUUGUCUAUGACCCAAUAUACACAGUUGUUGGGGAAACCACAGUGCAGACUCUUGUGACUCUCUGUACAUUUUGCACCCUUCCAAUCUUGUCCUUAUCUCCCUCAAGGGCAUCAACUUUUUUGCUGGAGGCAGGUCACUCCAGUGGUUGAUUGACCACAAGAGGCAACACAUCUUUCUGUCCUCUUUCUGAGCCCUUUGUCCUCACCGAAUCCCUUCUCCAGAAGGGAUUUCUGAAUAAUCUGUGUAACUGAGUCUUGACAGUACGCAGGAGGCCAUUUGGCCUACACAGUCUGUGCAGGAGCUAUGCAAGCAACCCAGUCAGUCCCAUUCUCCUGUAGCCCUGCAAGUCUACUUUUCUCAUACCCAUUCAAUUUUGUUGUUCCCACCACCCUUGGAUACAAUGACCCUCAAGGUCUUUUUUUAUCUUUCUAUUGUAUGCGAGCUGUAGCUGGGAGACACUGCUGUGUAUCUCUCGUGUAUUCUGUUUCUAUGCUUGAUGUGCUAAUACCUUUCUAGAGUGAAACGAUCAAUUUUUAGAUAAGCUUAGAUUUGUUUUAGUAUCAAUUUGGAGCAGCUCGUUCACAUAACAAACCCUGGGUAUGUUUCCUGGUCUCCAGUUUUUGCAUUUAAGCAACACUUGGUGGCUAUUUUGCUGUUACAAACUUCUGGUUACACUUAACAUUAGCUGUUUAAUGGAGACAUUUAAACUGGAAACUCUGUACACAGCUGCCUGUUACUGUGUAUUUUCAAGCUUUUGGCCAUUUGGUGGUGCAAUGAAAUGAGUCUUUUCCAAACCCACUUGCAUAUUUCAUAAUUAGAGAAAGACUUGUAUUCGUCAAAUAAUUGUGAAUGUACGUGUGUGUGUGUGUGUGUGUGUGAUAAUCACACCAAAUACAUUGAAAUCUGUUCAUAUUUACUUUGUACAUGGCAGGUGACAGAUGCAGUAUCAUGUAUAGAAAGGUGGAUAUAGUUUUCUAUUAUAACGUAUAGUCAGUGUUUAAGUGAGCAUGCCAGAGGAGUGUCCACAAGGUAAUAGACUACUAGAAAUUUUAAGGUAUAGCCAUGUAAAUAGUGAAGGACCUAAACUAAUAUAUAGCCACAAUGUUUAUUGGUGUCAACGGUGGCUUUUUCAAAUGUGUCGUCUUGUGACCCACAAUAUUCUAAAUAAAGUUUAUAAAG